AUGUCUCAUCGUCGUUCCAACAUCAACAGACCAGAUCAGAACACCAGAUACGUGCCCAAGACCCAACAACAGGUACGGAAUCCAAUCGAUGGAACUAACCCUGGUCGGUACCCAGUCUCUCUCUCCUCUUCACUCAGGCAAUCGGAUUCCGCCGUUGCGUCUUCGAGCGCUGGAGGUGGCGAUGGCUCCGCCGCGACAAGCGGAAGAAUUAGGAUGGGGGAUUCAGGGCAGUGGGUGUCGAGUAGAAUUCAGGGUCAGGGAGGUGGGAAUUUCGUGAAUUACUUGCCGCAUGAUGAGGCCGUCGCUGCUGGUCUCGGCGCUGAGGAUGGAGGUUUGGAUCCCGUGGAGUCGCAGAGAGUGGUGGAUCUUCUUAACAGAGAGCUCACCAGGUUGCUCAAGCUGAGCCCCAGAGAGUUCUGGAGAGAAGUGGCUGGUGAUGCAUCGUUGCAUGAUUUCUUGGACAGUUUCCUGCAAUUUAGAAGCAGAUGGUAUGAUUUCCCUUUUCAUGGAAUCAAGGGAAUUGUUGCUGGGGUUAUUGUCGGAGAACUAGAGCUAAGCCGCCGUGUGUUCAUGGUCUUGUAUAGAAUAUCUUCAAAUAGGGAUCCGGGUGCUCGGGCCGCUGAUAGCCUCAGCCAGAAAGACCAUGGAAUUCUUUUGCAGGAUAAGAAAUUGCUUGAUUUUCCGAAACUAUUGGAUAUAUGUGCUAUAUAUGGACGUGAAAAUGCAGAGCUUACAAGAUCCCUAAUUGAAAAUGCUCUGAAAGCUCAACCUUGGAUCCCUGAAAGCUUGAAUGUAAUGUUAUCUCAUUUCUUGGGUAUUCUGCACACAAUGCAUCAUCGCUGCACCUCAUCUUUGGAGACCAUGUUAUCUAAUGGCAAGAGUGAAGACCAUGGAUUCAAGCGACUUCAUGCCGAGCUUUUGGAGGUUAUGGACUUCAUCAAUGAUGGAGCUGUGUCUUUGGAUGGUUUCAUAUCUGUCUAUAAACCAGCAGCUUUUAUCAUGGCAUGCCCUGUUGAGACAAGUUAUGGGAAUGAUGAACUUCUAAGCAGCCUUAUGCGGUUGCAUGAUUCUUUGCUCCCAUCACUACACCGUGGGUUUCAGGUCCUGUUCAAGGAUGAAAAACAUGGAUCUCUUUCAGACAUUACUACGAGUUUGAACAUGUUAUCGACAAGGAUAGUAAAUUUUUGCUGGAAAAUAUUGGACAUUUGUUAUCUGAGCGACGAAAUGUUUGAUCAAGGGACUUCAGUUCCAGCUGUCACAAAGAUGUUCCCGUCCAGAGUAGAGGAUCCUAUGAUAAGGGCAGACAUACUGAUUCAGACAUUCAGAGAAUUAGGUGGAGUGUCUGAUCAAAUGCUGAAAAACAAAAACCGAUUGCUUCAGAAGAUCGAAAGGAGUUACAAAAUAAUGGAUAGACUUAUGGCUCUGCAGAAUGCAGGAUGGAUAUCGAUGGAUGAUGAGCAGUUUCACUAUUUAUCGAUGAUCAUGUCGCAUUCUUCUCAGACCACUACAGUUAAGGAUCAACCUCUGCUGCUUACUCAAUCGGCAAACUCCAAAGAGCUGGUGGAUGAAGAUGCUGUAGUUAUGCAAUCCAAGAUCAGUCAAAUAAAAGAUUUGUUCCCCGAUUAUGGUAACGGGUUCUUAGCUGCUUGCCUCGAAGUAUAUAAUCAAAACCCGGAAGAGGUCAUCCAGAGAAUACUCGAAGGAACGCUCCAUGAGGAUCUGAAACGAUUGGAUACGUCCUUGCAGACAAUGCCACAACCCAAAUCUGCUUCAAAUAUAAGCAUCAAAGACAAAGGGAAAGGAAAACUCGUUGAAUCCGAAGUCACAAUCUCUGAUCCAUAUAAAGAACAGCCGACCAAGGGUCCUUCAGCAACAUCAGCCUCAUCCACUACCGUUGGUAGGUUUAUCAGAAAGGCAGCAAGGGACGAUCUUCCGAAUCAUGGUAUUCUCGAUGUGAGGAACGAAAAUGACAAGACAACUAACGCUGCCUUACUUCAACAGUAUGAAUACGAAGAUGAAUAUGAUGACUCUUUUGAUGAUCUGGGUUUCAGUGUUGUGGAGUCAUCUGCAGAAGAAAGCGAGAUGUUUGGGAGUAGAGUUGGUUUGGGUUCUGGACAAGAACCCGAACCAUCAAAUGCAUCGAAGUGGGGUAGCAGAAAGCAACCUCAGUUCUACGUCAAAGACGGAAAGAACUACAGUUACAAGGUUGCGGGAUCUGUUGCAGUUGCGAAUGCCAAUGAAGCUUCACUGGUAAACCGAGCUCAAGGAGAGAUGAUACAUGGCUUGGGACGAGGAGGAAACAUUCCUCUCGGAGCGGUUAAGAAGCUUACCGAAUACAACAUCCAGUAUGAUGGUUCACCCGAGAGUGAUGGAAGAGAGAAUUCGAGAAAUUCCCGAGGGGAAGGAAGAGGAAGAGGAAGAGGAAGAGGAAGAGGAGGUCGAGGAGAAAACAACAAUGGAGAAAACGACUCGGGUGUUUCAGGAACAGAGAGCAGAGGAAGGGGGAGUGGAAGAGGAAGAGGAAGAGGAAGAAACCAUUACCAUAAAGACAGAGCAAUGAAGAAACACAUAGCCAGCAUUUCUGGCUUCUAGAGAAAUAUACAAUGAAGAGGUGAAUCAUAUCAUUUACUUUCUAAUGGUCCCUAGGUGGGUUUUUUUUUUUUUGGACAGAACACA